GAGAAACUGUCAAGAGGAACCAGACUGUGUGUUUUCAAGCCCAUGCGCUGCGAGCUUUCUCCUCCACCUCCCCUGGUCUCAGGACUCUCCCAGGAUGCGGUCCAACCGCCCGCACGUCGCAGGCCGGAUGCUUUCGCUCUCCUUCCUAAUCUUCCACUUUGCAAUCAGCAGCUCAAGAAAAGAUUCAGAGAACAGAGAUGAGAUCCAUGUCAUUCACAAGAAUAAACUGGCAAGUGCAUAAUGUGUGGAGGACCCAGGAAAACACGGAAGACGGUGGUUUGGUGAGACGGACAACCCGAUGGUCUAAUCGUUUCUUUCGAGCCGAGCCGAAAGCCGUGUUCUUGUCAGAGGUUUUGCCGCUGCUGCCCCAACCUUUAAACCUGCAACCUUUUGUGAGGCAACACCCUGCAUCCUGGAGACCUGCAGGAGAUAGUGUUUGUCAUCCAGAGCCAAAGCAACUCCUUCCAUGUGAAGCAGGCAGAACGACGGAGAGCAGAUUUACUGGAGCAGGCGCACAGCCUCAGAGAGGACCCACCAGUGGUUUUAUGUCUUCACAGCUUGUCAGAUAAUGAGGGGGACUGGAGUAUUCUUCCCCUGCUGCCUUACAUGUCUCGCUCCUUUGGGAGGAACUCUUCCUGGAUUGUGUUUCUACAGGAGGAAACGAAUGUGAACACAGUUCCCUUACUCCAAGUCUUGGCCAAAUUUGACAAGGACAAAGAGUGGUUUCUUGGUAAACCCCUGUAUGACGAGGAGUCAACCAUCAUCCAUCACUACGCGUUUGCAGAGAACCCCUCUGUCUUCAAGUACCCAGACUUUGCUGCUGCCUGGGCUCUGAGCAUCCCUUUAGUUGUUCGGCUUGCAGACAAAGUGAGAGACGAGCCCCUUAAAUCUGACUUCACCAUUGAUCUGAAACAUGAGAUUGCUUUGUAUAUCUGGGACAAUGGGAAUGGCCCCCGUCUCACCGCCGUUCCUGAAUUGUGCACUGAGCCAGAGGACUCUCCUCGUGCACAUCACUGUGCAACGACUCUGAGGAAAGAGCCUCCAGCGUGUGGGGAGUCUGUAAAAAGAGAAGACAUGUUUGUUGCUGUGAAAACAUGUAGGAAGUUUCACAGUGAAAGAGCUGGAAAAACACAAUCACCAAGGAGCAGAUUUUACCGGAGCUCUCGGCUUUUAACGCAAAUUCUGCUGAAGACCAAACCUGGACCAGUUCCAGUGAUAAAGAAGACUUGGGAAAAGGACGCCUUAUUUUUAGAGUACUACAGUGACCACGCUGAUCCUUCAAUACCGACCAUUAAUUUGGGAGUGCCAAAUACUGAAAGGGGCCACUGUGGGAAAACGUUUGCGAUCCUUCAAAGAUUCCUAAGCAACGCCGUCCCGAACACCAAGUGGCUCGUCGUUGUGGAUGAUGACACUCUCAUCAGCCUCCCCCGACUUCGAGUCUUGCUGAGCUGUUACGACCCCUCCGAGCCCGUGUGUCUCGGAGAGAGAUACGGCUACGGAUUGAGCCAGGGAGGCUACAGUUACAUCACAGGAGGUGGAGGCAUGGUGUUCAGCCGGGAGGCUGUGGUCCGGAUCCUGAACAGUGGAUGCAAGUGCUACAGCGACGACGCACCGGAUGACAUGGUGCUGGGGAUGUGCCUGAAUGCUCUUGGGCUGCCCAUCACUCACAGCCCUCUCUUUCACCAGGCGCGCCCUGAUGACUACGCCAAAGACCUCUUAGCUCACCAGGUGCCCAUCUCCUUCCAUAAGCACUGGAACAUCAACCCCGUAGCUGUUUUCAACAAGUGGCUUAGAAAUGACAUGAAAACUCCAAAUGAACUUGAUAAGAAUGCUAAAACAGAGUUAUGAUAAACGUGUCUGUAAACAUGUGAGUGUGUGUGGGCCUGUGUGCACAUUUGUGCAAGUGUGCCUAAAGCUGUUCACGGAUGUAAAUGUUUUUGUAUCAUUUUAAUUGAGCUGUUAUUAAGAGGGACCAUGAUUGUGUGUGCGCGCUUGGGUGUAUGUGUGUGCAUGCGUGUGUGUGUGUGUGUGUGUGUGUGUGUGUGUGUGUGUGUGUGUGUGUGUGUGUGUGCGUGCAACCGUGCGUGCCUGUAUUUGUGUGUAUGUGCACGUGUGUGCCUGUAUGCGUGUACGUGUGUGCGUGCAUGCGUCUAUUUGCGUGCGCGUGUGCAUGUACGUGUGUGUGUGUGCAUCCGUGUGUGUACAUGUGUGCGUGUAUGUGUGUGCACAUGUAUUUGUGUGUGUGUAUGUGUGUGCGUGCAUGCAUGUACGUGUGUGUGCGUGCGUACGUGUAUGUGUGCGUGUAUUUGUGCGUGUGCUUGUGUGUGUGUGUGUGUGUGCACGCCUAUGUGUGUGUACGUGCAUUCGUGGAUGUGUCUGUACGUGUGUGCGGGUAUGUGUGUGCGCAUGCAUGCGUGUAUUUGUGCGUGUGUGUGCAUACGCGUGUGCGUCUGUGUGUGUGUGUUUGCGUGUAUUUGUGCAUGUGUAUGUGUGUGCUUGCCUGCACGUGUGUAUGUUCGUGUGUGCGUGUGUGUCUAUUUGUGUGUGUGUGUGUGUGUGUGUGUGCGCGUGACUGCACGUGUGUAUGUUCGUGCUUGCCUGCACGUGUGUAUGUUCGUGUGUGCGUGUGCAUCUAUUUGUGUUUGUGUGUGUGUGUGUGUGUGUGUGCCUGCUCGUGUGUAUGUCCGUGCAUGCGUGUGUGUGUGUGUUUGUGUGUGUGUGUGUGUGUGUGCGUGUGUAUCUAUUUCUGUGUGCGUGUGCACAAGUUGACUGAGUUGCAUGCUGAAGUUAAUUCUCGAAUGACCUGUAUAUUUAUAGGAUAUGAACAUUGUGAACGAUGUUCUUAUCCCUUUUUUUCUUCUCCGGGAGGUACUGUAUCUUUUAAAAGAAAUCAAAAAUGCUGUAAAAUGUGAACUAUUUUGACAUAAAAGCAUAAAUAAUUCA